UUUUAUUACAAUUACUAAACAAGGAAGGAAAAUAAAUAUAUUUAUAUGGACACUUCUCACGGAACUACCCAUUUUCUUCCUUUUAAGGAAUUAAAAGGAGAAUGUUGUAUUUUUAAAAAAGAUGAAAAUUCUUUAAAUUUAAAAGAAGAAAUUAUUUUAAAUAAAAAUGGAAUUUAUCAAAAUAAUUACAACAAAAUUAGUAGAGAAAAGGAGAGAUUUGGAUCUGAUAAAGAAGAAAAAUUGCCCGUUCCCUCUGUCCCAUCAGCAGAGGAGAUGCUAAAUACAUAUAUGAAUGGGGAUACAAAUAAACAAAUAUAUAAAUUGGUUCUGACUGGUGGGCCUUGUGGUGGAAAGACUACAGGACAGGAACGUUUGGCUACUUUUUUUGAGGGGCUUGGAUGGAAGGUUUUUACUGUCCCAGAGGCCGCCUCAAUACUUUUGAGAGGCCGGACUCGUUUCCAGGAAUUUACUCCAGAACAGGCUUACCAAUUCCAAAAAGAUUUGUUGUUAACAAUAUUACAGCUUGAACAGGUUAAAUAA